UGCUACUCCAGAUAAACAUCCAGAAACAUCCAGUAACGGUCAGACUCUCUUCUACAAGCUUCGUUUUCUCACCGAUUCUCAUUUCCCAGGAGACAAACAGAAAUUCACGACAGCCCUAUAAAUAACAGACGUUUACCAACCUUCACAUUUCUCCGAAGCGCAAAAAACGAAAAGUCGUAAAAGUCACUAACUCAAUCUCACAUGGCAUCCAGAGCCUUCCGGCUCACCAGGUCUCUCCAUAGGUACCGCUCCGUACUCGGACGGGCCUGUGAACUCUCCGCUCCGGCUGCGGUCGGCCGGUCCGUCUGUGUCCCUUUGAUUCGCGUUGUAGGCGGAGGCGCAGAGAAUCCUGUGUUUGUGAAGUCGGUGAACAAUCUCGUUGGUAAUGGGUUCGGUCGCAGGUUUUAUUCGUCCUAUGAUAACGCUAAUCAGAUUAAUCAGUCAGAGUUCACUGAGAUGGCAUGGGAAGGAAUGGUUGAUGCUGUUGAUGCGGCACGACUUAGUAAACAACAAAUUGUUGAAUCUGAGCAUUUAAUGAAAGCUCUUUUGGAGCAGAAGGAUGGCUUGGCUCGGAGAAUAUUUACAAAGGCUGGGCUUGACAAUACAUCAGUUUUGCAGGCUACAGAUGACUUUAUAGAUCAACAACCCAAGGUGGUAGGUGAUACUAGUGGCCCUAUAUUGGGUACAAAUCUCAGGUCCCUAUUGGAAAAGGCAAGAAGACACAAGAAAGAAAUGGGAGAUAACUUCUUGUCUGUAGAGCACCUAUUGUUGGGAUUCCUUUCAGAUGCAAGGUUUGGGCGGCAACUAUUUCAGAACCUCCAGCUCAGUGAAAAAGAUUUGAAAGAUGCUGUCUCAGCAGUUCGUGGAAAUCAGAGAGUUACUGAUCAAAACCCUGAAGGAAAAUACCAAGCACUGGAAAAAUAUGGGAAUGACUUGACUGAACUUGCUAGACGUGGAAAACUAGAUCCUGUAAUAGGACGAGAUGAUGAAAUUCGGCGUUGUAUCCAGAUAUUAUCUAGGAGAACAAAGAACAACCCUGUCAUUAUUGGUGAGCCUGGUGUUGGAAAGACUGCAAUUGCUGAAGGCUUAGCUCAAAGAAUUGUGCGAGGGGAUGUUCCUGAACCUUUGAUGAACAGAAAGUUGAUUUCACUGGAUAUGGGUUCAUUGCUUGCUGGUGCUAAGUUCCGUGGAGAUUUUGAGGAAAGACUGAAAGCAGUCCUUAAGGAAGUCACCGCUUCAAAUGGGCAGAUUAUUUUAUUUAUUGAUGAGAUCCAUACUGUAGUGGGUGCAGGGGCUGUGAGUGGGGCAAUGGAUGCUGGGAACUUGUUGAAGCCAAUGCUUGGCAGAGGUGAGCUCCGAUGUAUAGGGGCAACAACAUUGAAUGAAUACAGAAAAUACAUUGAGAAGGAUCCUGCCCUUGAGCGCAGGUUCCAGCAAGUGUUCUGUGGUCAGCCUUCAGUUGAAGACGCAAUUUCCAUUCUUCGUGGAUUGCGUGAACGCUAUGAGCUUCAUCAUGGUGUCAAAAUAUCAGACAGUGCCCUUGUAUCAGCAGCAGUUCUUGCAGACCGAUAUAUUACAGAGCGUUUUUUGCCUGACAAAGCCAUUGAUCUUGUGGAUGAAGCGGCUGCAAAGCUGAAAAUAGAGAUAACUUCAAAGCCUACGGAGUUGGAUGAGAUAGAUAGAGCUGUGAUUAAACUAGAGAUGGAGAAACUAUCCCUGAAAAGUGACACUGAUAAAGCAUCCAGAGAAAGGUUAAGCAAGCUGGAAAAUGAUCUACUUUCACUUAAGCAGAAACAGAAAGAUCUAACUGAUCAAUGGGAACAAGAAAAAGUUCUCAUGACACGAAUCCGAUCUAUUAAGGAGGAGAUUGACAGGGUGAACCUGGAGAUGGAAUCUGCUGAACGUGAAUAUAAUUUAAAUCGUGCUGCUGAGCUCAAAUAUGGAACCUUAAUUUCUCUUCAGCGGCAACUGGAAGAGGCUGAGAAGAACCUUGCUAAUUAUCGGAAAUCCGGAAAGUCUUUGCUCCGGGAAGAAGUGACUGACCUUGAUAUUGCUGAAAUUGUGAGUAAAUGGACCGGUAUACCCUUGUCAAACCUACAGCAAUCAGAGAGGGACAAGUUAGUCUUGCUAGAACAAGUUCUGCACCAAAGGGUGGUUGGUCAGGAAAAUGCUGUUAAAUCAGUGGCUGAUGCAAUCCGGCGUUCAAGGGCAGGAUUGUCAGACCCCAUCCGGCCAAUUGCAAGCUUCAUGUUCAUGGGUCCUACUGGGGUCGGUAAAACUGAGCUUGCAAAGGCUCUCGCAGGGUACCUUUUUAAUACAGAAAAUGCUCUUGUUAGAAUUGACAUGACUGAAUACAUGGAAAAGCACGCAGUCUCACGCUUGGUUGGUGCACCACCUGGUUAUGUCGGAUAUGAAGAAGGUGGACAGCUCACCGAAGUAGUUCGCCGGAGACCUUAUUCCGUGGUACUAUUUGAUGAGAUUGAGAAGGCACAUCACGAUGUGUUCAACAUUCUGUUACAGCUACUAGAUGAUGGCAGGAUAACUGAUUCUCAGGGAAGAACAGUUAGUUUUACAAAUUGUGUAGUGAUCAUGACAUCAAAUAUCGGGUCCCACUAUAUCCUAGAAACACUUCAGAGCACAGAUAAGAAGGAAGCAGUUUAUGAGAUCAUGAAAAAACAAGUUGUUGAGUUGGCCAGACAAACAUUCCGACCAGAGUUCAUGAAUCGAAUCGAUGAAUAUAUUGUCUUCCAGCCUUUGGACUCCAAAGAAAUCAGCAAAAUUGUUGAGAUACAGAUGAACCGACUAAGAGAGAGGCUGAAACAGAAGAAAAUCGAUCUCCAUUACACAAAGGAGGCUGUUGAACUUUUGGGGACGCAAGGCUUUGACCCAAAUUUCGGUGCAAGGCCAGUCAAGAGGGUAAUACAGCAGAUGGUUGAAAACGAAAUAGCAAUGGGAAUUCUGAGAGGGGAUUUCAAGGAGGACGAGUCGAUUAUCAUCGAUGCUGACAUGUCAGCCAACAUUCCUCCCCAUAAGAGAUUGCUGAUCAAGAAGUUGGAGAGUAGUUCUCCCAUGGACGCCAUGGUUGCCUGAUAGUAGAUUUUGUAGAAGAAAAUAAGGUUUGACAAAACAUUUCCAAAUUUUGGGCAUACGAAUAUUGGAACCUCGUCUUUUUCCCGGUUUGUACACGGGAAGUAGUUGGGGGUUGAGUGGUUAGCGAUCUUCAGUACUCUAAAACCUUGGACUCCUAAUUUAAUUUUCUAGAAAAUAUGGAAAUAGUCUAAGAUGUUCAUUUUCA